GGCUCUUACUCAGUACAGGUCCCAAAAAUACAGUUGACCGUUCAGUUCUGGAGCGUGAAUUCUUAAGAUAACGCAGACCAAACACUUCUAUUCAACACUUCUGCUACUGUAUUUACAGCGCGACCACUGUAGCGAUUUUGUAACGCCUUCCCAGACUCCAGAUUAAGUUCUCGACAUUAUGAUAUUUUAAUGAUUUUAUUAAAUCAGUGCUAUGUUAUAAAAAAAUCAAUUAAUUCAGAGUGUUUAUAUAUAUAUUUCAUAUCCAAUCUAUAAAUACGUUUAUGCCAUCUCUAAAAUGCCUAUGAAAACCCAUUAAAAACUCAAACUUAUUGCUAAAAUGAAGCAUCUCUGAUCAGACCCUACGAGGCAAUUUGAAAUGCAUUUCGUUUAUCUAAAUAUUUAUCGGGCAAAAUUACUGAAAGAACCGUUAAGUAAUCAUUAAUAGAACUCAGAUUACGAUUCCCAUCGUUAGUCAUAACGUUAGGAUGAUAAUAACCCCCUUUUUUCUUUUUUACUCUGAUAAAAAGUUUCUCAAGUCGUCAAGGUCUUUUCUGGUUAACCGCGCAGCGUCAGCUCGCGACCUGCGGCGACAGUGACGCGCACCGCUGUCCAGAUGUGCGCCUGUUUACUUUAAAUAUAGCUCGUGCGAAGGCACCCCUAGUCUCUGAGCCAAUCACGAGCGCCGGGGGCGGGGUCGACUGGAAUGUUGUGGAUGCGAGAAAAUGAACAAUGUAGCUCCAUGAAAUGAUGCUGUGACGGACGCUAUCUACACGCAUCAACUGUAUAUGAGUGUGCAGAGGCAGGGACGGAAGGAUCAGCAUCCGAACGCUGUGAUUUGGGUGCGAUUGAACGGGAUUGGCGGAAUGCACCACAGAGCGUCUGCUGAAGUUCGGGGCGAGGGUAACACAGAGGGGAUUCACUGAGCCAUGCAGAAAGAAGGACUACCAAGAGAGAAAUUGCACUGCAUCACUUACAGCGGACGACAGCAGAGUGCACACACACUUCUGUCGCAUGGGCUUACCGUCCUGUGAACACACAACUCAGAAGCAGUGAGACAGGAAAGAAAGAGUGCAUCCGUGUCUCUGGUUUUUGCUGAUGGACGAGUGGACAUUGGGGCUAUGCUGGAGAUUCGGCCCCUGUUGUCCAUCCCGUCUCCCCCCUGCUGAAGCUCCCGGCACGGCCCUGGAGCACAGAGGGUGAGAGAGACGGCCUCAUGCAGGCACGCAAGAAGUACAUGCUUCUGGGCCUGUGCAUGUGCUGCUGGCUGUUGCUCUAUUACUGGGGCGGCUUGCAGGAACGGUUCCUGGGUCUCAUCACCCACAAGAGGGGGGAGGUGACACGGCCCUGGCCCAACUGGUUGGAUCGGGACCUGCUCCUGGGUUAUGCCGACCAGGCCGAGCUGCAAAAUGGUGGGGGUUCGGGUGACUCACCAAGGCAGCGGAGGCAGUCGUGGGCCGGAAUCUACAAGGACAGUCGCUGCAGGAUGGACACCUGCUUUGACUUUGCCCGAUGUCAAGGGCAGAGCGGCUUUCGAGUCUACAUCUAUCCACUAGAGAAGGGCGAGCGUGUGUCCGAGAGUUACCGCAAGAUCCUCACUUCGGUCGCGGAGUCACGGUAUUACACGUCAGACCCUCGAGAGGCAUGUCUGUUCGUGCUGGGCAUCGACACGCUGGACAGGGACCAGUUAUCGACACAGUUUGUGCCUAACGUGGACGAGCGGAUUCGAGGUUACCCACUUUGGAACGAUGGGCGGAAUCACGUCAUCUUCAACCUUUAUUCCGGAACCUGGCCCAACUACACCGAGGACUUGGGCUUUAACGUGGGCCAGGCCAUCCUGGCUAAAGCAAGCCUGAAUACGGAACACUUCCGACCGGGCUUUGACAUUUCCAUCCCUUUGUUCUCUAAAGAACACCCCCAGAAGGGUGGAGAGAGGGGAUGGUUAGUUCGCAACACCGUCCCGCCGAGGCGUAAAUAUUUGUUGAUGUUUAAAGGGAAACGUUACUUAACGGGCAUCGGCUCAGACACUCGUAAUGCGUUGCAUCACAUCCACAAUGGCAAGGAUAUCGUCUCCCUAACGACAUGUCGUCACGGCAAGGACUGGGAGAAGCACAAGGAUGCACGGUGUGACCAUGACAACCAGGAGUAUGAGAGAUUUGACUAUGAAGAGCUGCUCCACAACUCCACCUUCUGUCUUGUUCCCCGCGGUCGGCGCUUGGGGUCGUUCCGUUUCCUGGAGUCUUUGCAGGCCGCUUGUAUCCCGGUGUUACUCAGUAACGGAUGGGAGUUACCCUUCUCUGAUGUCAUCCAGUGGAACCAGGCAGUGAUCGAGGGCGACGAGAGACUGUUACUACAGGUACCUUCUACGGUUCGGGCUGUGGGCAUUGACAGGGUGCUGGCUCUCAGACAGCGUACACAGAUGCUCUGGGAAGCCUACUUCUCCUCCGUGGAUAAGAUUGUACUCACCACACUGGAGAUAAUAAAGGACAGAGUGUACUCGCACAUCUCCAGAAAUAAAUUCAUGUGGAAUGCCUUACCUGGAGGGCUGCUGGUUCUGCCCGAGUACUCGACGCACCUGGCACACUACCCCUUCUAUUACUUAAACCUUGGAAUCAGCCCAGGUCAGGAGUUCACUGCUGUAAUUCAUGCCACCUCACCUCUGGUCUCCCAGUCUCAGCCAAUCAUGAAGCUCCUUCAGGUCGUCUCCAAGUCAAAAUACUGCUCACAGAUCAUCAUCCUGUGGAACAGUGAGAAGCUGCCCCCUCACCGGAGUAAAUGGCCGCCUAUGCCAGUGCCCCUUAUCAUCACAGAUGGCAGACGGAGAGUGAGUAUUCAAACGAGCAGCCGUUUCCUGCCACAUGCAGCGAUUGAGACGGAGGCAGUUCUGAGCCUGGAUGAAGACACGGUGCUGUUGACCAGCGAAAUCGAUUUUGCUUUCCACGUGUGGCGUAGUUUCCCAGAGAGGAUUGUUGGCUACCCUCCCAGAAGCCAUUUCUGGGACCCUGUAAAAACAGCCUGGGGCUACACCUCUAAAUGGACCAAUGAGUACUCCAUCAUCCUCACCGGAGCGGCGUUUUAUCACAGGUACUACCAUCACCUGUUCUCUCACUACCUGCCCUCCUCUCUGCGUGCGCUGGUGGACCGCACUUCUAACUGUGAGGAUAUCCUGAUGAAUUUCCUGGUCUCCUCUGUGACACACCUGCCACCGAUUAAAGUAGCGCAGAGGAAGCAGUACAAAGAGAUGCCCACCCCACAGGGCACGAAGAUGGCCCCAUGGGCGAACCCUGAGCACUUUACCCAGAGGCAGGAAUGUGUCAACACUUUUGCAAGCUGGUUUGGUUACAUGCCUCUAGUGCACUCUCAGUUUCGCCUGGACCCCGUACUUUUCAAGGACCAUGUGUCCGUCCUGCGCAAGAGGUACAAAGACCUGGAGCGCGUCUGAGCCAAGCUGAACAGAGUGGUGACGGGUCACAAACUGAUACUGAUGCUGACGGAGACACUUCAGCUCUGUCUUUUACUAGCUGCUAGCUUGUGGUAGCCAGUCGGUGGACAAGAGACGGGUUUUUUCCCUCUUAUGACCAGUUCUCAGAUUAUGACUGGCAGCUUCAUGGCUGAGAAAACAUCAUAGAUGGGUUAAUCAUUCCAGCAGCUGUUUGACUGGAGGAGUAUGUAGCGUUAAGGGAGCCUAAUGGUGCUGUGGAUGUCACUCACAUGACAGCGAGUCGAAAAGAAACGGACUGAUUACAUGAUGUGCUAAUUACAUGACCAAUAAAAUUAUUCCAAAAUGCAAA